CGGAGACACCAUAAAAAAUAAAAAUAAAAAAAAUAUUUUUGCAACGAUAAUUUCAGUCACAUAUACAUCUCUCUCUCUCUCUCUCUCUCUCUCUCUCUCUCGUUUAUCCAUUUUGGAUUUGCCGACCAGCGCCAUAUCCCUGCAAUACGAGGCUUCCGUCUUUUCAUUUCCGGAAAUUCUAAAAUUUCUUCCACUUUCUUCUUCCUCUGCUCACAAGUAAAUUUGCAGAACGCUGGGCCCAAUUAAUUCUUUGUGGUUCGUCCGCAUACUUCAAGGAAGCAAAUGUUCGUUUUGUGGUUGGCAGGAUUGCAUACUUUUCCUGCUUUUUGCAGUUCAACUUUUAAUUCUAAUAACACUUAUUGGGAUUGGUGCUGGUAAUAUUGUUGAUGGAGUUGGUGUAUUAUGGCUAUCAUUGUGCAUAAUCUUUUUAUAUUAGAAAGCUGGAUUGCUUAGGAAAGGAGGGUUGUCAUUUGGCCUUCAGGAGCUUUUCAGUCUUUGAAAAAGGGGUUAUACUUCUAUUGGAGAGGAGCUUUAUAUAUUCAACGAUCUUGGUGUUUAAAAAUAAUUGGAAAAAUGUCAGAAUUUGAUAUGGCAGUUAUUCAACCUGAGAUGAUAAAGUCCUAUAUAUGGCUUCAGACUGCCGAUGGUUCAAUUCAACAAGUGGAGCAAGAGGUUGCCAUGUUUUGCCCUAUGAUAUGUCAUGAAAUCAUUCAAAAAGGCAUGGGAUCAUCCAAGACUUAUGCAAUAUCUCUCCCACAACGAGUUAAUCCUUGUAUGUUGAGCUUAAUUCUGGAUUACUGCAGGUUUCAUCAAGUAACAGGUCGCUCCAACAAGGAACGCAAGUCUUUUGAUGAAAAGUUCAUUAGGAUGGACACGAAGAGGCUCUGUGAGUUGACAUCCGCUGCGGACAGCCUCCAGUUAAAGCCUUUGGUUGAUCUUACAAGUCGUGCACUUGCGCGAGUAAUAGAAGGGAAAACCCCUGAGGAGAUUCGUGAAAUAUUUCAUUUGCCCGAUGAUCUUACAGAGGAAGAGAAACUGGAGCCCCUAAAAAACUCUACAGACGAUCCACGUAUUCGACUAUUGAAUAGAUUGUAUGCAAGAAAGAGGAAAGAACUUAAAGAGAGAGAACAUUUAAAGGAGGUUGAUGACAAUUGGACCUGCCAUAUGUUUCAGAAUGUUGAGACUGAGGAAGAGCAUGUUGAUGACCGUUCAGUUGAAGAUCUUCUGUCAUUUAUCAAUGGAGGAAAUGGAGGUAUACAUGCCUCAUUAGAGGUAAGGAAAUUGUGUUUCACAGAUUCUAAGGUGCUUAAAACUUCCAAGAGUAAAAAGAAGAACCGGAGAAGAAAGGAGCAACAGAAAAAUGCUUCAGUAGACGAAUCUAUUGAAAGUCAAGGGAAGGAUUCAAAUGGUCUUAAUUCUGUAUGCAAUGGUACUGGAGUUGACAAGUUGCAUCCCCAUCCUGGUGAGACAUCAACAUUACCAGACGUGGAAGAUGACACUUUUCCACAUAAGGUUGAGUUUGAUGACGGUGAUAUAGAUGAUGAGAUCGACCCUGCACUAAAGGAGAAAAUUGAUAGGGAGGUGGAAGAUUUUGCUCGUAGAUUGAAUUCAGACUGGCCUGAAAGGAUGCAAGAGAUUCUUUCUUUGGGUCAAGAAGGAAGGCCAGUAAAUGAAAAUGGAUCCUUAAGGAGAUACGCUAGUACAUGAUUUGAGGAUUAGGGAGGGGUCACUCUCGUUUGAUCUUUCACCAUCAUAAUCUACAGCACGCAUGGAAUCAUUUGUUUGCAUGAAUAGGACCAGACCCGGAAUGGAAAUGAUAUCUAAAAUAUUGGAUGCUCUCUCAGAUUGGCCAAUGGCUGAAACAAUUUUGACCAGAUGAUGCUUACAGACACAAUUAGAGAGUUGGUAUUGUCACUGAUGUGGAUUACACGAGAGCUCAUUUUUUUUUUAAUUCUUUUCUUUAUAUUUUUGUUUUGUUGGUUGUGCUUAACCCGGAUGCAACUUUGAUUCUGGGUACAACCUUGUAUUCUAUAAGGGGAAGAAAUAGCAAAAAAAGAAAAGAAAAUUGAUGCUCAACGUCAUAUGUUUGUAUAUAGUGGUAGUUUCUUGCCACUAGAAGUCUAGAAUCGUGUCCUACAAUUUUUUCCUCUCCUUGUACCUGAUUACUAAACAACUGAAUUUUGUACAUGAUCAAAGUUGUCAUUGCUGUUUUGGCUUUGUUUUCA